AUGGCUGCUCCAUCCGGGAGCCCGCGGGGCGGCAAUGCGAGCCUCGGCUGCCCUUCCCUCAUGGACGGGAAGCCGCUGGUCUUCAUGGACGAGGCUUGCGUCUGGUCUGCCGACAGCUGGAAGUACAAGUUACUGCAAGAGGGCUCGUACACCAAUCACGAGGGGGCUGGCAUGGUCUCGGUGGUCGCGCUGAUGGCGACGUACCCUAUCAUAGUGGCGCUCCAGCAGCUCAUCGUGAUGGCCUGCAAGAAGAAACUCGCGCUGGCCCCCCUGCGGCACGCCAUCGAGUUCUGCGGAUCGUGCCUGCCGCUGAUUGGCACUUUCUGCGCCCCACACAUGGUCUGGCGCUCGGCGGCCCUAUUCGUCUGUUUCGGCACAUGCUUGGCCACGCUCGUCGAGGACCCGCUUGUGUGGCCACGGCUGCUGUCCCAGGCCCUCGCGUCCCGGGCGGCCCGGAAAGCCGAGGACAAGCCUGUCAGCUUCAGCAGCUUGGACGAGAGAGGGAACCGCUUGCGCUUCGUCGCCGAGUACCGGGCGGUCGUGAUGAUGACGACCUGCAUCGUCAUCCUUGCAGUCGACUUCCCGUCGAUCUUCCCUCGCGCGCACGCGAAGACGGAAGAGUUCGGCUAUUCGCUGAUGGAUUUGGGCACAGGAUCAAUCAUAGUCUCGAGCGCGAUCUGUUCCAAGGCGGCCCGGGGCGAGCGGCAAGGACGUGGGCUCGGUAAGGUUAUGGCGCGAGCCCUGGCGUUGUGGCCCGUGCUGCUGAUCGGCUUCGUGCGCUUUGCUCUGGUGCGGGGGACCGACUACCACGUGCCCACGUCCGAGUACGGAGUGCAUUGGAAUUUCUUCUUCACCAUUGCGGUCGUGAACCUUGUGUCCACCGCUGCUGACUUGGGCCCAGCGGCGUCUGCGGCAGCAGGUGUCGUGAUCUUGUUGGCCUACCAGUUCUACCUUAGCGCCCUCGGCGGCAGCGACUUCAUCCUGCACGCGCCACGCGUGGGGCUCUUCUCGGCCAACCGGGAGGGCGUGCUGAGUUGCGCCGGCUUCCUCGGCAUCCACUGGCUCGCCGUGGCCCUGGGCGCGCUCAUCCGCCACAGGGCCUAUCAGGCCGCCUCGCGAAAGCUGGCGCUGCUGGCCGCAGCGGCAGGCGGGCUCGCAGUCACCUGGUGCCUAGAGGCGCUGGGAGUGGCAGUUUCGCGGCGCAUGUGCAACCUGCCCUACUGCGUGCUCACCCUCGCCGUCAACGCGCUGGUGUUGGGCGGGCUGGCCGCGGUGGACCUUCUCUGGCCCGGCUCCCGGCCCAAGAUGCCGUCGGUCUAUACUGGCGUGCAGGAUUCCAUGCUGGUCACCUUCCUGGCCGCGAACUUGUGCACGGGGGUGGUGAACUUGCAGAUCCAGCCGCUGCUGGUUCCCUGCUACGCGGCCAUGGUCAUUAUGAUCUGCUACCUGACAGUGUGGGCGCUGCCCAUCUGCCUCCUGAGCAGUUGGGGAAUAGCCCCGAAGCUGUGGUGA